AUGCCAAGCAACGAGAUUUCUGUUCUGGCUGAUUGUAUAAAGUUCGAUCUAACAACCAAAGAGACAAAUGGUAGCCGCUUUGGUUUUAUGGUUCUCUUGAAAGUGUUACCGUUGCAGGCCGAGGAUAUGAAAUGCGAGGAUAAGAGUCCCUACGAAUUGACAGUCGAUGAACCGCACGGAGUUUUUCAAGCAGUAAACAUCGAUGCAAUUACUUACAGUGUUGGCGAAUUUAUCUGUGUGACUUGUAAUAUCUCCAACAGUUGCUCAAUUCUCAUCACAGUUGCCAUAAUUUGCAACAAAACCCAAGUGGAGAUUUGUGCAUCCGCUUCACAGUUCAUGAUUAAUGGCCGCGAGUGGGAGUGGAACAACUACACGAAAUUAGAAUUGCUUGGUGAAAACGCGAUUCUGACUCAGGAGUUGCUUGUCAAUUCAACGCUUAUCUAUUUGCAUUUGAAUGAAGAAUUGACGAUGCUAUGUCAAGAAGCCACCUUUAUGCUUGUUCCCGGCUAUGGACGAAAUAUAGAUGACAGCCGUUUGGGUUUCAUCUUUCCGGCACAAAAUCGAAAUUCAUGGAUUUCCAUUGCAGGAACGGGUCGACGGGGUGCCGGUUGUGAAUAUGAAUUUGUGAGUGGAGCGCCAACGUUGACCAAGAAAUAUCCGAAGAGAUUGCUCGGCACUUUCCAGAUCGGUUUCUGCCUGCAAGUGGACGUUAAGAGUGUUCCAUCUCGAUUGGGUCUGCCAAUU